AAAAGGUAACCCAUUUUUCGUUGCCACAGAAAAAAUAGGACUUUCACUUCCUCUUGUGGAUUCCUUAUAUCUGUGAAAAUUCUAUGAUCUAAAUAAAUGGCUAGGCCUAAAAGUAAAUAAACAGCGUAACGAAGUAUUCACUGCCAGUUAGCCAUAUGGCACGUGAAAGCAGUGAAGAUUCUUCUAUUUUAAGCAGCGAAAGUGAAUCACGUAGAAAAAAUAAAAUCAAGAAACCCUCUCAAAAGUAUUCUGAAUCGUCUUCACAUAAGUAUAGAUCAAGAUCACGCUCACCACAAUUAAAAAGUCACCGAAGAAAUUCAAGGUCUCCAUAUUCAAAUUAUAAUAAACAUCAAUAUCAGUCUACUUCAUCCUCCAAUAAUCAUCACAGGUCUUCUCAUUCACCUGCAUCCAGAAAAAACAAUAAUUCUCAUUCACAUAAAGAUAAAAAUCAUUCUAAGCAGAGUCAUUCAGAGUUUUCAAAUUCAGAAAACUCUUCAAACAAGCAUCAUAAGAAAAGAUAUAGGGAUAAAUCUUCAGAAAGUGAAGAUGAUAGAACACAAAGGGCCGCACACAAUUAUGAGGAUUCUCAGAAACGAGAAAGGUCCUAUAUGGGAAAAUUUAAUGACAAUGGUAAGCAUUAUGUAUCCAAACAAGGAAGAUACGAUGGAACUGACAGAAAUUUAGAUCAUCAUAGGAAAAAUCGCACCCAUCAGGAUGACUUCAUGGAUAGGAGGCGAAUGGAAAGAGAAAAAAUUGGAAAAUCGGGUGUGCCUAGCAUUUGGGGUGUUUCUCCAGAAAGAAUAUCUGAUUCUGAUGAAUAUGAUAGUGAAAAUGAAGUAAAAAAGAAGAAAAAUAAAAGUAAGAAAAAGCAUAAAAAGAAAAAGUCAAAGCUGAAGAAAGAAAAAAAGAAGAAAGAGAAAAAAGAAAGCAAGAGAAAGAAAGUUUCUUCCUCUUCCAGUGAGUCAGAAGAGGAAUUAAAAGAAUUUGAAACUUGGGUAGAGAAAAAAAAACUGGAUGAUGAAGAAGAGGAUAUAAUUGGACCUGUACCAAAAACUCAUGUUCAGCUAUCUGCUAAAGAUUACGGCAAAGCUUUAUUGCCUGGUGAAGGUGCAGCUAUGGCUGCUUAUGUUGCUGAAGGAAAAAGAAUUCCCCGAAGAGGAGAAAUCGGUUUGACAAGCGAUCAGAUACAAGCAUAUGAAGCUGUUGGUUAUGUCAUGAGCGGAAGCAGGCAUCGGCGUAUGGAAGCUGUGCGAUUAAGAAAAGAAAACCAAAUUUAUAGUGCUGAUGAAAAACGUGCACUUGCCAUGUUCAACAGAGAGGAGAGGCAAAAGAGGGAGUCUAAAAUUCUUUCUCAAUUUAAAGAGAUGAUUAAAGUUGCCAGUGAUAAAAGUUAAAAACUAUUUCUGAAAAAUUGUGUUUUGUUCUUGUAAAUAUGAAUACAUGUAAAUAAAACAAAAUUUAUAUAAACCUUUAA